AUGGGUGAGAUCUUGAUCUUGGGCCACUACAAUCUGUGCUGGCAUUCGGUCGCAGAGCGCAGCAAGAUCCCAAACGACUGGCUCAGCCAUGCUCCCGUUCUCCUGCAUGAUGGCGCCACAAACAGGGUCGAGCUGGGUGCGCAGGUGAAUGAUCUCUCAACUGCGCUAUUCUCAUUAGUUCUGAUUCUGGUCCUGGGAAAGUCAGUCAUAGUGUCGGGACAGCCGACCCGUCUGUCAUUCGCGUUGACUGGGGUGCGCAUGCGGAUGUCCAUGGAAGACUCCGAACCGAAUGUCCUAGCGAGUCCGAAUCAACAAGACUCGUUCAAUUCGUGGGACAGAGGCUGUGUCACCAAACUUUUGGAUCCUUCUGGGUCCGUGAACUUGCCAGACACGCUGCACAGAACACUGAAGAUGAUGUGA